UUGCCGCAUCUUGCUACACUAGUAAAACAUACCGAUCCGCUAUGGCUUCGAACGAAAAGGAAGCAGUAAAACGUCCCCAAAAUGAUAAAAAGAAACAACCUAAAGCGUGUGCCGGUCGUGAGCUGCACGAACGAAUGAACUUUCUCUACCAAGCGUCCGUGCUGAUGUCGGACACGUGUCCGCAGCUUUCCGCCUCGUACGGAAAGCUAGCGAAAGCGAUCGGCAAAAAGGCUGUGCUGCGAAUGGAACCGGCGAUCAAACGCACCCUCUGUGUGCGGUGUGGCGUUCUGUUGAAUCCGGCCACCACCGCCGACAUUCACGACUUUCGCCACAAGCAACUGUGCUACGUGCAGGUAAACUGUAAGCUGUGCGGGUACUCGAAACGGUUCUACAACAGCAAAAACCAUCAGCUGUGGCUAGACAAUCCCAGUUCGAUCGUAGAGCGGAUAGAAUUUCAAGCACCAUCCAGCAGCUCGUAGAAGGGGGAACCACCGUAAGCGACGAUUGACCGCUGCGACCCAUGAAUUGUGAUAAUAAUAGAGGGAGAGAAAGACGUGUUUUUUUACAAAAAUA